GAAUCAAAACCUCAAACUCAAACCCAAAUAUCCGUCUGAAAAGGCUAAUAUAUAAUCCUGGUAGGUCAUUUUUCUUAAAUAAAACCUAACAAAUCUCCCACAAAUAUAAACACAAAAUUCUCCAAAAAACAAUGGAGGUUACAACAUCAUCACCAGUCCUCCCCUGGAAAACCCGCAUUGCCAUCUCCGUCGCCUCCUUCAUCACCGACUUCACUCGCCGCCCCAACGGCACCGUCAACCGCCGUCUCCUCAACGCUCUCAACGUCAAAUCACCCACCUACCCCGACCCCUUUAACGGCUUUAAAUCCUACGAUGUCACCGUGGAUCGAACCCGGAACCUGUGGGUUAGGAUUUACCUGCCGGUAACCCAAGACUCCGAGCCGGCCCACCUGCCGGUCAUUUUCUUUUUCCACGGUGGUGGUUUUGUUUAUAUGAGUGCUGAUAGUAGGAACUACGACGCCGUUUGCCGGAGAUUUUGUACGAAAAUUCCGGCGGUAAUGGUGUCGGUGAAUUAUAGGUUGGCGCCGGAAUAUCGGUAUCCGGCGCAGAUUAACGAUGGGUUUGAUGCGUUGAAGUAUUUGGAUGAGAAUAACAAGAAGGAUAAGCUUUUGCCGGAUUAUGCUGACAUGUCGUGCUGUUUUUUAGUCGGAGACAGUGCCGGAGGAAAUAUUGCUCAUCAUGUGGCUGUCAAAGCCGCUGGGUUUUCGUUUCAGCAACUCAAGGUGAUAGGCCUUGUGGCAAUUCAACCAUUUUUCGGGGGAGAAGAGCGAACAGAAUCAGAAAGAAGGUUAGUGAAGGCUCCCAUUGUCAACAUCUCAAGAACAGAUUGGAUGUGGAAGGCACUCUUGCCCGACUCGGACCGCGAUCACGAGGCCAUCAAUGUCAGCGGUCCGAAGGCUGUGAACAUAUCAUCGUUGCUGGAAUUUCCAGCCACAUUAGUGGUCAUAGGUGGUUUUGAUAUAUUGCAAGAUUGGCAAAGGAGAUACUAUGAGUGGCUUAGAAGCCACAACAAACAAGCGACUAUAUUAGAGUAUCCGACUAUGGUUCAUGCAUUUUAUGUGUUUCCAGAGCUGCGUGAAGCAGGAUAUCUAAUUGGAGAGAUCAGACAGUUUGUUCACAAUCAGAUGAGUGCACUUUCCAAGGGCGUUCCCUUUGUUUCUAUGUGACAAAUCUCGAUAUCAUUCUUGGAGACUCUUGAAACAAUACAAGUUCUCGGGGGUGAAUUUGAAGUUUUUAUACACCUCAGGCAAGCAGAGCAACUAGAAGGUCUAUACACCCUUGAGUAUUUUUCAGGUUCUUAUGUAAAUUAAUC